AUGGCCUUCGAUUUCCACCUUAUACAAACCUUACAAAAUCCUGAAGACUCAAUUGUUGCUCUUGCAUUUUCGAAGGACCACCGAUAUUUAGGAAGUGCAAGCAAAAAUGGUUCAAAAGAUGGGGUUAUUCGAAUCUACGAUGUGGAAGCUCGAUUCCGGACGAUAUGGUCCCAUCGACAGUUAUCUCAAAUCGAAACGAUCAACUGGGAUAGCGAUCACAGUCUAAUAAUGGGAACCGCGAAAGGAGAAUUAUUGACAUUCAGUCCGAAAACAAGGGAGCACUAUGCAAAGCCCAACAUUAUUCAUAUAUUCUCUUCACCCAUUCACUCGAUCGAGUUCAACGACCCCAGAAAUGAAAUGCUCAUCUGCGCGGGCGACAAUAUCAUUGUCAUGAAGAAAGAAGGUGUUGUUGUUAGUGGCGCCCACUUUUUGAAAGAUCAAAGACAUUCUGUGAUUACAUUUCUACAUCAUGGACUUUGGAAAAUCAAUCUCGAAUCAGGUCAUAGCCAGUGGAUUGUCUAUCCGGACGAUCAAUUGGGGGCAACGGCAAUCGCUCCAGACUGUACUGCACUAAUGGUAACGAGCUCAAAGGGCCUCGAUCGUUACAUUUUAUCCUCGGGCUCCUGGAAGAAAGAGACUCAGACAUCCCUUGAGCGUGCGGAGCUACCUAUCAUGUCAAGCACACACCUGCCUGUCAUCUUCAUAGAUAAGGGCCACGCCGCAGUUGUGGGGACUGCCAAUGGUUAUGCAGUCAUCUGUGAUUCUGAGAAUGGAGGAAGGAUUCAAACCCUUCGUCAUUCUUCUUCUGAUUCUCUGGCAUACGACGAAGAAAGCCUCUCGAUGGCAACUGGAGAUGUGGACGGCAAUAUCAAUAUCUGGGUUCUUGGAUUCCCGGACAGCAAGCGGAUUCGAUUUCUUGGGACGUUAGUCCCUGUAAUGGUCCCUGUUCCAGUGAUAGAAUGCUUGCGCGCCAUUUCAGUGAUAAUCCUGCUGGUACUAGUGUUCGGUUUUCUUCCAUUCAAAUUCAUUACUCUACAAUCGUUGUGAAUGAUUCUUAUCCCUUCUGCAUCAAGCUCUACCUCUUCCCCGGUAGAUAUUGAUACUAUGUAG